UCGUCCUAUUUGGAGUAUCCGAUUCUUGUCGGGCAGGUUCUCCUUCUGUUGGCCCUUUUACUCCAUUACAGUCAGCGAAUCGGUCCGAAAUGGUUGGCCGCAUUUGGGGUUUAUUCAGCCGUCGUCUACUCCUUGUCCACAGGCAUGUUUCCUGGCGCUCUGCUAGUCAUGUUGAUGAGCCUCUGCACGCCGUUAUCUGCUGCGAGUAGACUGGUUCAAAUUCGAACUAUGCACAGCUCUCAAAACUCGGAGUCUGUCAGUGUUUUGACUUGGUCAAUCGCCGUCUACACGUGCGUUAGUAAGCGUCGUUAUACUAAAUUCUUUUAGUCUGAAUAGAAUUAAGGUUUUUGUUUUACUUUUUUCUCAGUGCGGAUUUUGAUUACUUUGGAUCGCGGUUUCGACGCUCCGCUGUUGGCCAACUAUUCAGUUAGUUUGAUUCUCAAUUUGGCCGUGAUAACUUUGGCGUUGAAACUGAGACGGCCGUCGAAGAGAGACCAGAAAAUCGAGUGACAUUAAAUUUGAUGGCCAACAAAAUCUAUUUCACGCGUAACGUAAUUAUUUAUCCGUCGUUAAUUAAAAUUUUAUCCGACGUUAAUUAUGAUUAGUCCAGUGCAGAUCGAGUACGGCCGGUAGAGACAAAAAGGACAUAGCUAUAAUAAUAAAUUGUUUAACUAACUAACUAGAAAGAGACUGUUACGUUUAAAUUCUUGCUCGUCUAAAUAUGGCAUGUGUCCUUUUGAGUUGUCACGUUUCUCAGAGUUUGUUUACCUCGUCUAUAUUCGAUGGUACAGAAGCUUCUCUCUUCUAAUUUGACAUUUACCUGCCACUGGUUAAAUUAUAGUGGAAGCUCCUUGGCAUCUGAUAUGGGAUGACCUUAAAAGGGGCAUCAAGGUCAAACAAACAACUUGUCAAGUCAAACGAGUGAUGUGUUAACUGUCAGGGUGAUUGAGUUUUUUUUUUUUUUUUUUUUAACGAACGUGUUCCUAUUUUCUAUUCUUAUUUGGAAUGUUUAACUGGAAGGCAAGCGUCUGUGCCCCUCUAAAUAUCCUGUCACACGAAUUAUUUAAAUAAAUCCGCAAUCCUAUCCCCUGCAUCUGUUUCCCGAAUAACAGUAUACCUGAUUCCUUUCUAAUGGUCAGUCACACACAGUCAACAGGACUGCAGUGAGUGCAUAUUGUUGCCUUUUUAGUGGAAUAAAACGUAAAUCGUCAUGAAAACAUCGGUGUUGGCCUUUUUCAUCAUGGUGUGGAUGACGCAGUCUCAAACGUAUCCAACGCAACCACCAAUGCGUCGGCCACAGUUCACAAUUACCGACGACGAAUUUAAUUGGUACAAGCCGGUUGCAGUUAUCCUGAAACCAGCGUCGAAACGAGAUUUGCAACAGCGGUUGCUUCAGGUUAACGUCGAUGAAUUCCUGUUAGCGUCUUAUCCGCCGUCUCUACUUCCACCUUGGCCGUUUGUCCAAGAUUAUUCGGCUUAUUUCCGCUUCUGGAUUAAUUACCAAUCAAGUGACAGAUUAAGGGAUGUGUACAGAAGAUACGAGUUAGCUGGCCAUGUCGAGCGUAGGUUAACAUUUCUGGCCAGGAUGGGACUCGUUGCCAUUCCGAAGGUGACGAAAAUCAAUCGCCAAAGAAGUGGAAAUAACCGAAAUCAGGAACAACAUGCCAGAACAAAGGAAAAAGGGUAAAGACAAACUGCCACCUCCGUGGUUGUAUGAACUCGUCGGACCUCCUGGACCAGCUGGAAAAGACGGUGUCAAUGGUAUUCAUGGAAUUAAUGGUGUCGAUGGUAAGGAUGGCAGGGACGGAAUCCCCGGAGCAAUUGGUCCAACCGGACCUCAAGGUUUAAUGGGUCCCCCUGGGCAAAAUGGAAUGAAUGGCUCACCGGGCCCUCAAGGCCCUCCCGGAAUACCUGGUGCUCAAGGAGUUCAAGGGUCGCAAGGCCCACAAGGGAGCGACGGAAAGGAUGGUUCCGAUGGAACGAACGGGAAGGAUGGGACUCCUGGCGCUACUGGGCCUUCCGGUACACCAGGACAGAAUGCAAAAGACGGAAGAGAUGGAUCAGCUGGACCACCCGGCGCACCAGGUCAACCAGGAACUGCCGGACAAAAUGGGAAGGAUGGAGUUGACGGGAAAGAUGGUCAAGACGGAGCUCCGGGUCCACCAGGUCCUCCUGGAAAAGACGGCCAAGAUGGAAGGCCCGGAACGUAUGGCCAAGAUGGUCAAGAUGGAUCGGUGGGAGCAGCCGGGCCUAGCGGAGUAGCUGGAUUAUCAGGUGCCGCUAGCGUUAGUGGGCCAGCCGGAGUACCAGGAAUUCCCGGAACGCCAGGGACCCCUGGUGUUCAGUGGCCAUCAAGUUCAAUCGGCUAACGGACUAUAUAUACAUUUUGCUAAUUUAUACGACAUAGAAUUCAAUUUUGCUUAAAGUAAAAUAGCCAAAUACUCUGCUGGCACUAAUACAGUCUUAUGUAAUAUCUUCA